AUGGAGAAGGUGGCAAACAGUAUUACUCACUCCAGUCACCUUGUUCUAUGGCUAGUAAUCAUCAUUGAGUUCUCACAAUUAUUUUCCUGGGCUUUUUCUACUGAAUUCUCAGCCAGAGAAAGCAUGGAAGGAAACAGGAAGGGUCUUGAAGUCCUUUUGCGUAGAAAUAAGGGCAGAGUAAGAAUACAUUCCUACCUCUUACAACGUUACAAGUUUAGUUUUUAUUAUAAUGGACUUGUUGAAGUUACCGUCGAGUAUCCUUCUGGUCAUUUGUCAGGAAUUAAAUAUAAGACAAUGCCCAAUGUCUUUGAAACCAGAAAUAACAACGAUAAUAAAGGAUAUUGGGACCUUGUCUGGAAUGAUAAAUCUUAUGACAAAUUAGUUACAGAACAUAUGGAAAUCAUUACACAAACUGAUGAGUUAGUUGAGGUUUCCUUCACCAAGACAUGGAAAUCUUCAACGGAUUAUCGCAACACGGUUCCUUUAAACAUAGACAAAAGGUAUAUAGUGCGAAGAGGCGUUCCAGGGGUUUAUAUGUAUGGUAUUUUGGAGAGAGAAGCAGAUUUUCCUGAUGCUUACAUGAAUCAAUUAAGGAUUGCUUUCAAGCUCAAGGAAGACAAGUUUCAUUUCAUGUCAAUAUCAGACACGAGACAAGGGAUGAUGCCUACCGCAGAAGAUCGAGAAGCUGGUCGCUCUCAUGUUCUUGCUUAUAAAGAAGCUGUACUCUUGACCAAUCCCACAGAUCCAAUAUUUAGAGGACAAGUUGACGACAAGUACCAAUAUUCCGAAGAGAGCAAAGAUAACAAGCUUCAUGGGUGGAUAUCGGAUGACGAUGCCGUCGGUUUCUGGGUAAUCACCCCGAGCAAUGAGUUCCGAACCGGUGGCCCGCACAAGCAGGAGCUCACUUCUCAUGUCGGCCCAACUGCUCUUUCCAUGUUUGUGAGUGGUCAUUAUGCCGGUGACGACAUGGAUACAUUUUAUCAGAAAGGAAACCCUUGGAAAAAGGUGUUCGGCCCCGUUUUCAUCUAUCUCAACUCUGCUUCUCCCGAUCCUAAUCAAGGUUACCGUAACACACUCUGGAAUGAUGCUAAAAGACAACUGAGUGAAGAAAUCGAAAGUUGGCCUUACAAUUUCGUUGCUUCUGAAGAUUUUCCCCACGCUGAACAGCGAGGAGAAGUUAAUGGUCAAUUACUAUUGCGAGACCAAUACAUUGAUAAGAAGUUAAUGCCGGCGAAAUAUGCGUUUGUGGGGUUGGCAGCGCCUGGAUCUGUAGGAUCAUGGCAAACCCAAGCAAAGGGCUAUCAGUUCUGGACUCAAACAACCGACACUGGCCGAUUCAGUAUAAAAAAUGUCCGACCGGGGUUGUAUCAAUUGCAUGCAUGGGUCUAUGGUUUCAUUGGAGACUAUAAAUUAGACCACACCAUCAUUAUCCAACCAGGGAACAAGAUCCAGUUGGGUUCUCUUAUAUAUGACCCUCCAAGAAAUGGCCCUACGUUGUGGGAAAUCGGUAUUCCCGAAAGAACAGCUGCUGAGUUCUUCAUACCUGAACCUAACCCAUCAUUUCAUAACUCAAUCAUCAAAGAUAACGCCGACAGAUUUAGACAGUACGGAUUGUGGGAUCGUUACUCUGAUAUUUAUCGUCACGGUGAUCUUGUGUACGAUGUGGGCGUUAGCAAUUACUCAAAGGAUUGGUUCUUUGCUCACGUUCCCAGGAACGUAGGAAACAAUGCGCACCGGGCAACCACAUGGCAGAUCCGACACAAUCUCCAGGAAGUGAACGAGAGUGGACAUUACACUCUCCAAUUGGCAUUGGCAGCAGCUUCAUAUGGUGAAGUUCAGGUUCGAUUCAACGAUCCGAAUGCGAUUCGACCUCAUUUUACAACGUCGAGAAUCGGGUUCGACAAUGCCAUAGCUAGACACGGAAUUCAUGGAUUGUACAGGCUUUACAGUAUAAACGUGACAGGAAGUAGAUUUCGGAGAGGGGAAAACACCAUCUUUCUUACACAGAAAAGGUGCCAAGGUUCAUUCGAAGCUGUUAUGUAUGAUUAUAUUCGAUUAGAAGGACCAGCAGUUUGA